AUGAAUUAACAAAAGCCACCGUCAACAUAAACAAAAAAAGUAGAUUAAUCAGUUUCAACAAUUACAAAAAAAUCACAAGCAUCAAGAAAGGACUCUUCAUUUUAAUAAGCAGCUAUUCGAUAAGUUUUAGUUGGAGGAUAACCAGGAGUAAUAUAUAAUUUAUAUUUCUAAAGGAUGGAUUAUGGUGUUAUACACAAGAUUAGCCUUCGCCAAAUCUAGUUAGUAUAAAGGAAAUUAAUACACAGAUUAAUUAAAAGUUCAAGUAAAUAGAAUCCAAUAUUGAAUCAGAAAUAGUUGAAACUCUAAGAUAAUAAUGUCAUUAAUUAGGAUUAGAGUUGGAAACUGUAAAUGUUUAGAAUUAAAAUUUAAAAAUAGACAUAGCCUAAUAAAAUAAAUAUAUUGACCAAUAAAAUAAAAAGCUUGAAACAGCAAUGAAGGAAAUAGAAAAUUUAAGGAAUGUUAAAGUAUCUCUUCAAUCUUAAUGUGAAACUAUUAAGGAUCUAUAUAAUAAAACUAAAAGGGAAUUAGGAGGAAUGAAUUAAGAAAUGAAAUAAGAAAAGAAACAGAAUGAAGAAAUGUCUUAAUAAAUAGUUAAAUUAUAAGGAUUAUAUUAAGAAAUGUAGAGAGUAAAUAAAGUUGAAGUUGAUAAUUUAAAGUAGAAACUUGAAGAAUUGGAAGAAGAGAAUGAAGAAUUUAAAACAAAAUUGUAGAUGAGGGGGGGACAAAUUGAUAAAAGAUAGGAUUAUGAAAGUAUGGAAUGAUUUUUAAUAGGAAUUAUCCAUUAAAGUUAAUAGAAAUUGAAUUAAGUUUUUUAGAAUGAGAGAAAAUUAGAAAAAAUGGGUAAGAUUUUAGAAGAAAAUGCUAUUUUAAGUGAAAGACUAGGAGAAAGUGAAACAUUAAGAAGAAGAUUUAUGGAAAAAAAUAAUCAAUAAGAAAAAGAAAUUAAAAUUGUAAAUUAUCAAUUCUAUAUUUAUUAAGCUCAUUGAAAGUAGAUUAGAAGUAGAAAAACAAAUGGUUGUCUUAAAAAAAAGAGUGAAUGAUUUACAAGUGCUGAAAUCAACUAAUCAAAAAAUAUAGGAAGAUAAAAUCAAUAAAUUAUAAGAGUAAUGUAAUCAAUAUUAGUUAUAAAUUGAAAAAUUAACUCAAUAAUUAAAAAGAAACUAAAAAUAAAAAAUUCAUAAUCAAUCAAAUUUAAAAGAAGAUGUCUCAGAUUAUGAAGAUGUUGAAUCAAAACCAUAACUCUUUGGAGCUUGA